CACGCUCGGAUUGACUCUCCGUCAUGCUCCGUCCCACACCCAUCCCUGGCCCUUCCUUGGCACCGCUGCUCUUUGGAUAUCGAUAUGCUCGGUUUUCCCACUUAUACACACCGCGUCUAAUCUAACAAUGGCACUGGCUCCACAGAUCGGGGUCUUUACAGCUUUGCCUCUUCCCGGCAUAUGCGGCCUGGGUAAUGCGUACUCGGCCUCUAUAGAGGAUCUGGCCCACAGCCACGCCUCCCCCCUUGCCAAGUACUCCCUCGGCUUACACUCUGCAAGUCUCCAUGGUCGUCUCGUCCGCGAUAGCGCCAUUGCUUCAUGCUCGUCUGCCUGCUAUGUAUUCACCACAGGCGGGGUCGAGGAUAGUCGGCCCCGGCGAAUGAUGGCAUGUUCUCUUAUCCCUUUGACUAGGUUGACGUGACCGGGGAGAGUUUGAAAAAGUAUAAAAGGAGCCGUUUUGUUCAAGUCGAGCUUGAUUUUUCUUCUUCCUUUCGCAUCACUUUUCUCCAGCACUCUUCACUCAUCUUGCCAAGUUCAUAUAUUAUACC